AUGUGGAUACAAUGGGUCCAGCUAUACUAUAAGAGAUACAUUACUUGGGGUGAUCAACCAAAACAAGCAUCAUGGGUAGUCCAAAAAAUAAUUAAAGCAAAGAAACACUUUGAGAAAGCAGGGUACUCAGAAGAAGAGGUGCUGCAAAUGGACAAAUUCUCAAUCAAGGCUAUGUACUCGAAGCUUAGAGGAGACUUCACAAAGGUAUCAUGGAGGAGGAUGACAUGUAAUAAUGCUGGGCUACCUAAAUGGACAUUCACAUUAUACCUGGCUGGUCACAGAAGAUUAUUAACAAGAGAAAGAUUAGGGAGAUGGGGCUUCCUGGAGGAUACAUCUUGUGCACCAUGUAACAGUGAAGAAGAAACUAUUGACCAUUUAUUCUUUAAAUGUUCAUUUUCAGCACAAGUAUGGGCAGCAAUGCUAGAAUGGCAAGGAAUAAAGAGGCAGGUGAUGGCUUGGGGACAAGAACUAGAAUGGGCUGAAAGACAAUACAAAGGGAAGAGUCGUACAGCAGAAGUAUACAGAAUGGUACUAGCUGGGAGCAUAUACUACAUAUGGCAAGAAAGGAAUGCACAAAUAUUUCAAGCAUGA